GCGGAGGCGGAACUGAACCAAAACCAAACUUUUCUGGUUUGCACAAACGUGAUAAGACUUUAGCUACUGUUGUUAUGUUAUUCAAGUCACUAGUAGGGAGUGCCUGCACUCUAUUAGGAGCUGCGACAGCCUUAAAAUUCGCUCCGGUGGAAGUCAAGGCCCAGGCAGCCGCCCUCCUUCACAGUGUGGUCAGGAAAUCUAAUCUGGUGGAGCAAGCAAACAUGAAGAUUGAACUGCUCCCUGCGCUGUCUGACAACUACAUGUACCUACUGAUCGAUGUGGACUCCAGAGAAGCAGCUGUUGUAGACCCCGUGGAGCCAAUAAAGGUUGUUGAAGCUGUCCGAAAGCAUGGUGUAAAACUCACCACAGUUCUAACACCCAUCACCACUG